UCUCUCUCUUUCAAAGUCUCCUGAUAUCCACAAAAACCCUACUCGUACGCAUUCCUCUUUCUGGUACACCUUAGUCGUGUUUUUUGUAGAUGUUUAUUUUCUGUUAGCUAGUCAAGCGAUUGUAUGCAAAAAGUUGGCAAAUUAUUAUUACUUUUGGCUGUUAUUCCGUGUGCAAUUACGUCAUGGAGUAUGCAUGCAGUGCUUAGAACUAAGGAAAAAAAAGCUAAUCAUGUGUGUUUUGCUGCUGCAAAUCCUUUUUCUUUUACCACACCCAACAUAUACAUGCACGAAUGCAUGUGAAUUACAGUAUCUUUUGCUGUCUUUCAUGCACCCAACCCCCCCCCUUGUUCAUUCUCUGCAAUCGACAUCCACAAUGAUAUUGAGCGAUAUGUAUGACACAAUUCUCAAUUUCCUUUUAGAUGAAAGUCUGCAUAAUUUUCAGAGUAUUAUACAAACAUCCUAUUGUAUUAGCAGAUCGAGUGAUUCAUAGCGUCGUCUCAACUGUAUACGUGUAUACUAGGAUCAGCUUUUUGCUAUGGGGUAGCUACAUAGUAAAGCACUCAAAACCCACUCA